AUGGCAAAAGUUGCUACAGAAUUUUUCAAUCGCUACAAAUUGUCACCCCAAACUAGCUUAUCCCAGCUUAGUAAUUACGUUGAAGAGUUAGCCGGUAAACUCUCAGAUGGUAAGACAAAAGAGCAGGCGGGAAGAGCCAGAGAUCAAGCUAGAAGACGCUUUCGGGAAUUGGGUCUUAGUGAAGAGCAGGUAUACACUCUUAUCCCUAAACAGGCACCCGGGCGACGUGUAGUUGGAAGAGACCCCAUUAAAGUUAUAGCAGAAAAUAUUAUGAAAAAUGAUAUCUCACCCGAAAAGAUAAAUGAGAUAGCAAAUGAUUUGGUUAAUACUGCUCCAAAUGUUGUUGCUGGUGCCUCACGCCUUACAUAUCUUCGAAAAGAAUUAGAAAUUCUGGGUGCUGAUAGUCCUACACUAGAAUCAACAAGCAUACCUCAGAUUACCAAAGAAUCACAGAAAAAACAGAAUGAGCGUCACGAACUCAAUGAAGACAAAGGUAUGGAUUGCCCUAAAUUCUUUUACUCAGAGAAUGUUCAGGAUAGACUUAGUAAUUGUGAUAUUACCAAACCUCCUUCCAUGCAGAAUUUGAUCGAUGUAAUGUUACGAAAAAUGGUAUGA